CUGGACUCUGAUUGGACGUCCCUAAAGGAUCCAGUGAACAGCAGCUCGGUGGUUGUGAGAGGCCUGGAUCCUGACACUCAGUACCAUUUUGCUGUCCAGGCAGUCAAUGUCUACGGAGCCAGCCCACACAGUGCCAUCACUGACCCAGUAUGGACCUUCAGUGUGCAGGAAGGGGGCAGCGGGAGCUUGGGUCAGGGUUCUCCUGACAACGACAACAUUCAUCUGGUGGAUUUGACUGAUGUUAAGAACUCUGAUUAUGGGGCCCUCAUUCAGGAGCCACUUUUCUCUCCAGAAGAAGACCGAAGAUCUCUGCCGAGGUCCCGAACAUGGAGUCCCAUCUCACACAAAGGGGGAGGAGGAAUGUCUUCUAGAGAGAACACUGCUGAUUCUGGCACCAUCAUCACUGUUAACAAUGCAACCACUAUAAUAUCCACCUCAACCACACCCAUUCCCACCAACCACACCCUUACCACCAACCCAGUUGCCCUCCCCUCGUCUCCAGGCCUGGAUAGCCUUCUGCCGACCCCUAGCUCAGCCCCACUCCCGGCCCGCUCCACCCCGGCUGGCCCCCUCUCCCCUACCCCUCCCGGCCCCAGGUCCCAGUGGAAGGGACAGGUGAGGGGGCUGUAUGACCUGGCCUGUGAGGACGCUGUAUGUUCUCUCAACAGUGUGUGUGUAGAUGACUACCAAAGUGGGGGAUCUCGCUGUUACUGUGCCCUGGGCCGAGGAGGGGACGCCUGCUCUCAGGUUGUAGUGGUGAAAUAUCCACAGUUUUACGGCUUCUCCCAUGUUGCCUUUGAGCCCCUGAAGAAUUCCUAUCAAUCCUUUCAGAUCAUGCUUGAGUUUAAGACUGACUCAGAGAAUGGCCUUCUGUUGUUCUGUGGGGAGAAUGAACAUGGUAGUGGUGACUUCACCUCGCUGGCUCUCAUUCAUGGGAAGCUCCACUUUAGGUUUAACUGUGGCACAGGCACUGCUCAGAUAGUGAGUGGGAGUCGGGUGGCACUGGACCAGUGGCACAGUGUCGUUGUCGGUAGGGAGGGUACGAUUGGCUGGCUAAGACUGGACAAUGACACACCUGUCACAGGACACUCACAGGGGGACUACAAUAAGAUCACAUUCAGAACCCCUCUUUACGUGGGCGGCUCCCCUAAUGCUUAUUGGCUGGCCAGGACAGCAGGGACCAAUCGGGGUUUCCAGGGGUGUAUCCAGACGCUAAGUAUCAACAGCAGGGUGACGGACAUGAGGCCUUGGCCAAUGGGAUGGGCUCUUAGUGGGGCGGAUGUGGGUGAAUGCAGUGCCAGUGUCUGUGAAGGGGUCACCUGUGCCAAUGAAGGAACUUGCUUUGCCAGCCAUGCAGAUGGGUACAUAUGUCUGUGCGCACUGGGUUAUAGGGGUCCUCUAUGCCAGGAGAGCUUCCAGCUGGUUGUGCCGUACUUUAAUGCGUCUGUGCUGUCGUACGCCAGCGCCCCCUGGCCUCGGUCCUCCAGACACUACCUGUCCUGGAUGGAGUUUGAGGUGACCUUCAGGCCGACGGCUCCUGAUGGCAUUCUGCUCUACAGCCAGGACUCAGCCAGUAGAGACUUCCUGUCAAUCAGUCUGCUGGGAGGAUACUUGGAGUUCAGCUUCGACUGUGGCUCUGGGACAGCCACCAUCAGGAGUGAAGAGACGCUCACAAUGAACGAGUGGCAUGAGCUGCGUGUCUCCAGGACGGGCAGAGAGGGCAUCCUGCAGGUGGAUAACCAGAUGCCCACACACAGCCUGGGUGAGGGAGCAUUCACUCAGAUCAGGUGCAGCGGUCCUCUGUACAUCGGGGGCGUUCCAGAACACACCAACCCCAGGACUAAGAUCAAUGCUGGUGCUGCCUUGCUCCACCACUUCACUGGCAGUAUCCAAAAGAUCACUCUUAAUGAGCGCAGCAUCCGUCUGCCCCAGGACUUCUCUGAAGGGGUAAACAUGGAGAACUCCCUGCACCCCUGUGUAGACUCCCCCUGUGCCAACAGGGGCACGUGCCGCCCAAAACAGGCCUUGUAUGAGUGUGACUGUCCCCUGGGAUACACUGGAAAGCACUGUCUACAAGUAACCGAGGCAACUGAGACUCCCCAGUUUAUUGGACGAAGCUACCUCGUUUAUAACAACAAGGACAUUUUAAAGAGGGUGUCAGGCUGCAGGACAAAUGUGUUGCUGCGCUUUAGGAGCUCCGCUCAGGAUGGCUUGUUGCUAUGGCGAGGCCACACUCCUGUGAGAGCCAACAGUGACUUUGUUUCUCUGGGCUUGGAGGACGGGGCUCUCAUCUUCAGCUAUAACCUUGGAAGUGGUGUUGCCAUAGUAAUGAUCAAUGGAACCUUUAGUGAUGGACAAUGGCAUCAGGUCAAGGCAGUCAGAGAUGGCCAGUAUGGGAGCCUGACAGUGGACCACUAUGAGACCAGUACAGGGAGAUCACCAGGCAACAUGAGACAGCUCAAUACCAACAGCAUGGUGUACCUGGGUGGAAUGAAAGAGGUUGGCUUGUAUACCCAUGGCCAGUACCUGUGGGGCCUGGUGGGCUGCAUUUCUCAGCUCACCCUCUCUACUGACUACCACCUGUCUCUGGUGGAGGAUGCUGCCGCCGGCAAGAACAUCAACACAUGCCGGCCCUGACAGCUGCUAACCUCGUUUCCCUGGGCACUCAUUUACAGAGGGGACUCAUUUACAGGGGGGACCAUGAGCAGACUAUAUCAUGUUUUAUAAUUAUGUUCAUAUUCACUGUAUGUCUUGGGAUGAACCCAAACACUCAAUUGAUGGUUAAACUUGCAAAUAUUUUAUUAUGUAUUGUUUUUUUACUGUAAAGAAUUUCCAUUGUUUUGAAAAUGUAUUGAUUUUUUUUUGGGGGGGGGGGGAUUCCCAUCUCAUGGGCAGUAGAGGCAUGAAACAGCCUUCUAGAAUCUCUUUGUGCCUGAUACUGAGGUGGGGUGUAGGGUUUUGUACUGUCAGAUACUGCUAUCCAGCUGUUUUAUGUAUUUAAUCCCGUAAUACAUGCAUUGUGUUUACUUUAUGUUUAUAUUCUUAACUAUUAUUAUUUCUUAUGGUUGUUCCAUUGUAGAGAAGGAACCUGCAAGUAAGCAUUUCCUUGGACAGUGUAUACCAUGUGUAUCCUGUACAUCUGACGAAUACAACUUUCAACUUGCAUUGUAACCAUAUAUCUGUCAAAGGAAAUAUAUAGGAUGUAUAUGUAUUGCAAUAUGCAGAAGAUUUUAUGGAUGUGGAAAUAUAUACAAAUGCCAUAACAUGUCCUGACAUGCCUUUUUACAAACAUAAACAUUUUA